AUGAGUUGUUUAGCAUGGAACUGUCGUGGGCUUGGGAACCUACGUACAGGGAGAGAGCUCGUCGAAAUCAUACGGGCAAAAGAUCCCGCUGUAGUGUUUUUAGCCGAGACACUUACAGAUGAUGCAAGGCUAGAGGUUAUUCAGAGAAGUAUUGGUUUUGAUCAUAGAUGGGUUGUUCCUAGAGUGGGAAGGGGUGGUGGAUUAGUUCUGUAUUGGAAAGCUUCGAUAAACUUAAUGGUGAAAGGUUCAGAUAAAUACUAUAUUGAUGUAGUGAUCGAUAAAAAUAAGGAGAAUGAAUGGAGAUUAACGGGUUUUUAUGGGGAACUCGAUACAACUAGAAGACAUGAAGCUUGGGAUAAGCUUAGGGCUUUAAACACGCAGCCAGAGAAGCCGUGGCUUUGUUAUGGGGAUUUUAAUGAAAUUAUCAGAAAAGAUGAGAAAUUAGGGGGUUCAAGGAGGCCUCAUAAUCAGAUGCAGCAAUUUAGGGAGGUGAUAGAUGAAUGUGGUUUUAUGGAUAUGGGAUUUGAAGGUUCAAAAUAUACUUGGAGCAAGCACUUUGAAAAUGGAAUUUCAAUUUGGGAGAGGCUUGAUAGAUGCCUGGUCACUAAUAGCGGGUUCUUGAGGUUUGGGGUCUCAAAAGUGUACCAUUUGAAUUGUACAUCUUCAGAUCAUGUUCCAAUCCUUAUUUCACUCUCUGGUUUGAUUCCACCUAUUCGGAAAAAACUUUUUCGAUUUGAACAAAUGUGGUUAUCAAACCCGAGCUGUGAGGAGGUGGUCUGUUCAACUUGGGAUAGUAGGAGUGGCAUUGGGACUGAGGGUGAUAUUUUGUGUAAGGUGGAGAGGUGCGGGAAAGAGCUAGGUAAAUAG